UGUCUGUCACAAAUCCUUUUACUGCGGCAACAUUAAGACCACAAGUCAGUAGAAUAAAUAUGCCUGGAAGAUCGACCCCAGCCAGCAUACUAGCAGAUUCGUUCUUGGCUCCUGAAAACUAUCUUUACUUACCAGAUGUACCAAGAAUAACUCCGGACAAUAAUGAUGAAGGUCUCCAGACACUAGCAAUUUUAGCUAAAGAGAACCUUCAUCGUGAAUAUUUGAAAAUAAACUCAGCUCUCCAGAAAAAAUGUGAAUAUAUGAAGCGAAGUUUAAAUAUUGAGGACCUAAAUUAUCUGAAGCCUUCAAACAAGAAAGGAAAAGGAGAAAAUUACUGCAGGAUUAUUGAAAUCAAUCAAACACAACGUUCAAACUUAUCAGAAGGCAAAUGUUGUGUACAAUGUAGAAGUUGUGAGGCAAGCAUAAAAUGUGAAGACUGCUUUCAUUUUUUGUGUCAUAAAUGUGAUCAGCAGCAGCAUUUUGUAAUGCCUUUCCACCAGCGAUUCUGCUGGAAAAAUGGGUUCUUCGAGCCUUUAGACCCAACACAAACUGUGUGUUCAGAUGGGAAUGUCAUUCACUGGAAGCCUGUUGUACCAGCACAUCCACCUAAUUCCUGCCCGAACUGCAGUGAGAGCAAGUUCACAACUUUAAGCUCCAAUAAUUUGUGCAUCUUUGUAACUUUAAGUGGAAGGUAUGAUCUGUAUACCCCAAUAUUUAGGUGCAAGUGCGGAUAUGUAGAUGAAGAACUUGGGAAAGCCAUGCACCAGUCUGGUUUUUAUUCAACUGGAAGAAAUAGUAGCACUUUCUACAGCAUAAAUCUAUUGGAUUCCUGGCAUUUUCUCAAGAGAAGCAGCCCUGGAACUUCUCUUCAGGCAUUAGUUAGUGCACUGGAAUUAUUUGGUGCUUCUCGAGGGCGUCAUGGUCCCAUCAAUUUUGAGACAACAAAAAGAGUCUUCUUUGAAUGGCGUUUCCAUCAGUAUGAACUUGGGAGAAUAAAAGGAGAAUUUGACAAGGGGUGCCCUGCAUGUGAUACAACACCUGUGGCUGUACAUAUUGAUGGCAACAAGAAACUGUAUCGUUACAACAAAGUUGGGAGAGGGAUCAGAAACUCAUAUUAUUCUGGUGGUAUCUUCGCUUGUGACAAAGAAGUUCAAGAUCACGUUUCCACUAUUCAGAACCUUAAAACUCAAAGUAGCCAUAUGUGUGGAGUGUCGACAUUGAAAGCUGCCAAAAAUAAACCUGUUUCAUUUAGAAGUUUGGAUGAAACCGGCAUAAGCAUGGCUUCCUGUCGACAUGGAAUUAUUCUUGCUGCAUUAAAUAUGUAUCAGGGAGAGCUCUACAGUUAUGCCCACUAUUUGCAAAUGAACCGUUUACAAAAUGUGUCCUUCAUAUGCCAGGAUAUCAUCUGUAAAUACUGGCCAUGGGCCUUAAAGAUUUCAUCAAGAGAACAGAAGUUCUCACUUGGGCAAGGAAAGCCUUUUUUAGGAGUCCUACAUGCCAAAGGACAUUCUUGGUAUUGUCAGGUUUUGUAUGGAGGGCGGUGGCAAGAAGGAAGUGGCCUGACAUCUGGGGAGGAGGCAGAGCAAGUAUUUUCCUACCUUUCAAGAUAUAACAACAACACUAAGAACAUGCUUAAAGCUGAGCGUACAGAAGAACUGACAGAGGCGGCACUCUUUUGGAAUCACAGAAAAAUUAAUGGAAUGCCUCGGGCAUUAGUUGCCAGAUUCAGAAAGGCCACAGAGACAGCUGCAGCAGUUUCAAAUGAGAUUCACAGGCUUAAUGUCCCAGAAUCUGUUACUGAGAAAUGGAGAUCAGAAUUACUGAUCAUUGCAAGAUCCUUAAAUAACAGAUCCUCUGCCAAUAACAUUGAGCAUACUAUCGAGGCAUAUGGAGAGAAUAUAAGGCAUCGCAAAAAUCAGAUUACCACUUAUGCAGUUUCAUCUAAAAUGAGAGCUGAAUUGAGAAACAAAAAUGAAGUUGAGAAAAAAAAAACUACGAGAUCUCAUGAAAAUCUACAAUCACAACCAUCCGGAUUUGUCUGAAGCAGAUGUUUUAACUGGCAUCCUUCCAUGGCACAAUUUACUGCUUCAUCAAAACA